CUUCCAGCUGAUCAUUUGUAACUAUGCUAAUGAUGAUAAACAAUAAUAAUAAUGACAAUCAUUGCACCAAACAUUUACACGGACCUAUCGUGUGCUGGGCCUAUACUAAGCCUUCAACAAGAAAUAACUCAUUUAUCUCUCACAGGCAGUGCAUCAGGCAGGGAAAUUGAGGCACUUGUCCACAGUUAUCUGGGGAGUAAAGUCUUAGUUAGCAUUCACCUGGGGCAUCUGUGGGUCCUUAAGUCAGACUGUAUGGCUUUGGGAGAGUCUGCCACCUGCACCCACUCCCCCAGCUGCUGUAAAGGCUGUCAAAGGGCCCCGCACUGCAGGUGUGUGGGACAGGCAUGAGAGCAGAGACUAGCACAGCAGGUAACUGGGACCACUCUGGACAAACCAGGUGCUCGUAAAAGCCUCACUAUUAUUACUAUCAUUGUUGUGCCUAUUCACAGGUGGGGAAACUGAGGCUCAGCACAGUGAGCCUCAGGGUCCUGUAGCAGGGUCCUAGGCCCAUACUUUCCCAAUGCUCUCCCACCCACAACCGGCCCUGAGCCCCAGGCAGCGUGAUCCCAGCGUGGCUCGGCCAGACGUUUGGCCUGAUGCAACUGUCGCGCCACUGCCAAGGCUCUUGCACAACAUGGGCAUCCAGUUGGCUAGUUAACCAUUAUCCAGGGGUUAAUGGGAAUGUGGGGGGAUAAAAGGAAACACUGGUGGUGCUGUGGCUGCUCACCAUGUCAGCACUUGCUCUUUGCCUGCUGUGGACCCUGGCAACAGCAGCCUGGCUUGCUCCCACACCCCCUGUGGGCAGCCUGGAGCCAGCACAGCAAGAGGAGCUGACCCUUCUCUUUCAUGGGACCCUGCAGCUGGGCCAGGCUCUCAAUGGCGUGUACAGGGCCACAGAGGCACAGCUGAUAGAGGCUGGACACAGCCUGGGCCUCUAUGGCCACACACUGAGACUCUUAGGUCAGGAAAUCAGCCGGGGCAGGGAUGCAGCACAGGAACUCCGAGCAAGCCUGUUGGACACACAGAUAGAAGAGUACGCCCUGCAGCUGCACGCAGAGGCCACUGCCCAGGUGUUGGGGGAGGUGGCCCAGGAACAACAGGUGCUGUGGGACAAUGUGCGGCGGCUGGAAGGCCAGCUGAGUGGUGCAUGGCUGGGCCAUUCCCGCCAAGAAUUUGAGGCCUUAAAGGCAGAGCCAUGUUGUAUGGGCCCUCAUGGGCCAUGUGCAGCGGCAGAAGCGGGAGAUGGCAGAGCAGCAGCACCGGCUGCAAAAGAUCCAGGAGAGACUCCACACAGCAGCGCUCCCAGCCUGAACCUGUCUGGACGGAACUGAGGACCAGUCACUGAAGGGACACUUCCAUGCCCUAUGAGGCCCUCCACGGAGGGAGGAAAUGCCUGUCCACUGGGGUGGCCAGGGCACUGGGUCGAGCUUCCAGGCACAGAGCAGAGACGGAAGCAGGCAGAGCAAAGGCAGAGGACGUAAUCCUGUUGGGGAGGACUGGAGGAAGGACAUGAGACACGUACCCCUUCAUGCCUACAUGUCCUACAUUAAAUCACAGCAGCGGCAUCUCAUGCUGGUAUCUAUGUAUCUGAGAAUAUGGGGGACCAUACCUGGCAUGAUGCCCACAAGCCCCUCAUUCCAGCACCCAGCUGGGCCCC